AAGUAGGGCAGAGUCACCAAAAUCAGGAAACUAAGUGUUGCUAUUAAUACUGCUGAGCAACGAGCUGUAGCUGGUGAAAGCUAAUGUAGUCUCAGCUGAUGAGAAGAGAAGCAUCAGUAAACUUCAUCGAACUGAAGAGAAACAUUUGGGCAAAUGAUGAUCCUUUUGAGGUGAUUUAUUUAUUUGAUUUGAGGCUUCAAGACCAUGGGAGAACCCAUCUCAAGCACUGAAUCAGCACAUCCUGAAUCCUUCUCAAGAUAUGAGCUGUUAAUUCUGCACACCACUGAGGCACAGGAAUGGGCGUCAUAUUUGCACCAGAUUUUGAAAAGUUCUCGCAAAUUCCACAAAAGAUCAAUUUUGCUAUAUGCAAUCAGCACAGCCGAUGAGCUCCACGGAUAUAAUUUUGAAUAUUUCCAAAGCUGCAAGAGCAUCGUGCUGCUCCUCACAGGGGUUUUCCUUGACAUCCUCUGUGACCACGAACUACAGGAGGCACUUCAGAGAAUUCUCUAUCCUCCUCACCGAGUGGUGGCCUUUUUAUGUGGUGUGUCUGAGGACGAACUAUUGACAAAGAUUUUCCAAGACUGGCCAAGCUGGAGGAAGCUCUACGCAGAGGAUGAGCCUGGUGUUUAUGUUUCUACCAUUUUGGAAGCAAUAGCCAACAGCAGAAGAGUGGAGCUUGAACGUGAGAGUGAAGUUCCUGUAGCCCUAGACGAUGUGUACGUCUUACCAGUUUUAGAUGAAAAUCCUAGCACCGAUGAAACAGAGGAUGUGGUGACAAAAGAGUAUGAAGAAAAUGUCCCGAAGGAUGAAGAGCCUGCAAACGCAGUAAUAUCAGCAAGUCAGGAAAUAACUUCACCCACGCACAUCACCUGUCUCACUGUGCAACCAAACAGAGUUCUGUGCGGGAAACAGGAGACACUUUUUAUCAUUUUCAAAGAGAAAAUAGAUGAUCAGUCGGAUCCAGAGGUGGAGUUUUCAUCUGAAAAUGUACCUGCAAAAAGGGUGCCAGGCACCGUGGAGAAUGAAUACACCAUAAGUGUUACUGCACCUGAUAUGCAUGCUGGAAUUGUGUCCCUCACUAUGUACACUGGCCAGUCGUCUGUCAGCCUGACUCCUGUUACGUAUUACACCAGCAUGGGUGAAGUCAGUCGGUAUCUUGAAAAUGCUACAGAUCCUGUUAACUUCAUCUGCCAGGCAUUCAACAUAACAGCCAAUGCAACAGAAUCACUGGACAGCAUGUUGUCCGACUGUUUAAAAUCCAAGAUCCCUUCAACUGGUCUUCAGCUGUUUGGAAUCAGACAGAUUGAGGAAGACAAUAUGUCAGCAUAUCAGCGGAAUGAGGAGCUUCCUACUUUACUCCACUUUGCAGCCAAGUAUGGCCUGAAGAAGCUGACCACCGUUCUGCUUCAGUGUCCUGGAGCUUUGCAGGCUUACAGUGUGAUGAACAAGAAUGGAGACUACCCAAACACGCUGGCAGAGAAGAGUGGUUUUAAUGAUCUCAGGCAGUUCAUGGAUGAAUUUGUUGAGACUGCAGAUUUGCUCAAGUGUCACUUUGAGGACACUAUCAACACAGACGAGAGUGCAGAGGUAUAUGAGUUGAUGUCCACUAACUCUCAAGAUAUCAUGAUGAAAUACUCGGGUUGCUCAGAGGAUAUAUAUGAGUCGAUGGUGGGGAUCAACCCUGAAUGUGCAGAGGAUUUUUAUGAGGUGAUGACUGCAGUAGAUGAGAACCCUGAGGAAGCUAUGCUUCGGAAGUUCUUUCAAGCAAAACCAAAUGCCACUGAAGUCAAGAAGGACAAUGAACCUCUUCAAAGUGAGGAAGAGGAAAAAGUUGAUCAUAAUAGCUUAGAUGAAAUUGAGGAAGAGGAAGACCCAUACAACCUCUGUCCAGAGGAUAUCUAUGAUACUGUGGAUGCAAAUAGUACUUACAACCCAGUAGUCCUGAACCGUCCACCAGCCCCCAUCCCCAGGCCUGAGCAAAACACUGAGCUUGAAAAGUCUACGACAUACAUUUCUAGAGUAUUUUCAGAUAAAGGUACAUCUGAGAAUAAAGCAAAGGACAUGGGAUAUCAUGCAGCUCGGCCUGUAGUGGAAGCCCCCACGCCUGCAUAUGAUCCUUACGCUGGGAUGAAGACCCCUGGGCAGAGGCAGCUCAUAUCUCUGCAAGAGAGGGUAAAAGUAGGAGAAAUUACUGUGGACGAAGCAGUCCAAGAGUUUAAGGCUUGGCAGGUUGAUCAUGAGCGGAGGGCAAACUCCAUACGCUAUCAGCAGAAAAAUCUGGAGACAUUACGAAACAGCAUCACCAGACGUCAUAAAGAGAGAGAGAAGACAGGAAAGGAACUUGAGUAUGAGAUAAGUGCACCCCUUCAGAGAAACUCAUUCUGGGGCACUAAUGUGACAUUAGAGUGUGCUGUGUAUGAGUCGACACCCAGAGCGACAGCUCAGCCUCCUCCUGUGGCUCAGGUUAUCCAGAGAGGCAGCUGGAAGACAGGUAGCACAUCCAGCACAUCGAGCACCGAAAGCAACAGACUCAGCACGCACAGCACCUUUAGCUACAGCAGCGGUACAGAACCUGACGAGGUGAGCUUGAUUUAACAAUAGGUACAAGUGCAUCUUCAAGGCACGUGGAAACUGAAGGGUUCACACAGAAAUGCAUUUGCAUGAGUUAUAGCUAGCUGUUUCUUCUUUCUUACUCUUUAUAACCCAAAUUAAAACUUCCCUUUCUCUUAUGAUGCUGCAUGUGUCUGAUGUCUAUACAACAUGACUGCAUGCGCAGUAGAGAGGUAGAAAAAAAGAGGUAGAAAGUCUAGUGUUUAGUUUUGUUUUAUUUUGAUCUCUUACUUCAGCUUUUCAUUUCCUAAAAUACCUUCCAGACAAUAUUUAAAUGUAAGUUCUGUAAAUGUGUGUUCUUUACUGAAGCAGAUUCAAUAUCAUUUUCAUUAGCGUUUACUGUCUGUCACCAUGAUUGAAGAAAAAGUACAGAGCUGAAGGAGAUUUGGGGCACGGGCAGACAAAGAAUCUCUUAGAUUUUGGUGCAAAUUCUGUCCUUCUUUUAAUUGCAAGAUGGGUAAGAUGAGUAUUCCCUGUCUGUUGUUAAAAGACUCAAACUGCACGACCCAUCGUGGAAGCCUGACUGACACUGCUUAAUGACUUCCUCAGGGUGUAAUUAAAACAAUGAUCUUUUAUUCUCCAGACCAACAAAACAACAACUGUCAUCUUUGUGUGUUUAGCUGAAAAUUUGGGAGUUCUUGACAGUUUCAGUAGAUGAAUUGCUUAAACCAAUAACUGUGACAAUGUUAGCUUUUUCAUUAACUGACUCAGCUGUUAAACUACAGCUUUAGGCUGUUUUAUUUUGAAGUAUUUCAAGUGUGGCCACAUAUAUAUGUCAUUGUAUUU